GCCUUACAGACACCACGAACAAAACCUUCAAACUUUUCACACUCACUAACUAAACUCUUCCCCUCAAAGGGUUUGAUUUGAUUAAGGUUUUUGCUUGAUGGACCCUGAUGUCGUUGAAAUUCCUCCACCAAUUCACCAACACCCUCCUAGACUCAAAAAGCAGAAGAAACAGUCCAUUGUCCAUGAUGUGAUUGACAUUGAUGACGGCGACAAUGAUGAUGAUGAUUUAAUGGUAAUUGGUGAAAUAAGUCGUAAACGUAAAAAGGGGAAGACACUUGAAGCCAUUCAUGAGGAUGUGCUUGGUGAAACUAGUGUUUUAAAAUCUGCCAAAGCUAGACGUAAUAGAGCAGCUGUUGUUCCCCCGGGUUUGACAAUCACUGAUGAACCUGAAAAUGAAACUCUGAAGAAACUUCGAAGCUUUAAGCAAUUUGACGCCGUCGCGGACAGUUCGGACCAUUACUUUAUUAAAAAUCAUUCCUCCAUGAAGCAGAAUCCAAAGAGUUGGGCUAAAAAAAUCCAGGAAGAGUGGAAGAUUUUGGAGGAGCAUUUUCCGGAUACAAUAUUUGUGAGAGUCUACGAAUCAAGGAUGGAUCUCAUGAGGGCUGUGAUUAUUGGAGCAGAAGGGACUCCUUACCAUGAUGGUCUUUUCUUUUUUGAUGUUUACUUUCCCCCUGGAUAUCCCAAUGGACCCCCCGUCCACUACCACUCCGGUGGUCUUCGGCUCAACCCUAAUUUGUAUGCCUGUGGCAAAGUAUGCCUCAGUCUACUUAACACCUGGUCUGGUGACAAAAAUCAGAUGUGGACUCCAGGUGUUUCGACAAUGCUACAGGUUCUAGUCUCCAUACAAAUUCUAAUCUUGAAUGCAAAGCCUUACUUCAAUGAACCUGGAUGGGCACCUUCAAAGGGCACACCGGGCGGUGAAGCUAGUUCCCUGCAGUAUAAUGAGAAUACGUUCAUUCUAUCGUUGAAGACAAUGAUGUAUAUGAUUAGAAAGCCUCCAAAGAAUUUCGAAGACCUUGUUGUGGGGCAUUUCUACAGCAGAGCACAUGAUAUCCUGAGGUCAUGUAAAGCAUACACGGAAGGUGUUCAAGUUGGUUGUUUGGCCAAAGGCGGAGUUCAAGAUGUUGAUGAGGGUGAAGGAAAAUGCUCAAGAUAAAUUUAAGGCUGGUUUAGUUGGACAUGUGAAUACUCUUGUUAAAGAGUUUAAAAGAAUUGAAGUUAAGGACUGUGAGAAAUUCACGUCUCUGUCGGUACCAUGCAGCACCACUGCCAGAAAGUGACUCGCUUAACUACAUGAGUUUGAUCUAGGAAUGCUAUUUUUAAAACCCAAUAUUGAGACCAAAUGAUUACUAAAGCCUUAUUGCAUCAACUGCAUGCAGGUUUUUGUUUUUAACAUUUAGUUUGUUAGGACUACAUUAUGUUUGCUUAGCUUUAUCAUAAUUUCUUUCUUGCUCUAAAAGAAAGGUAAGCAAAUAUAGUUUAUAUUUUUCAUCUUCAUUAGUAAUUACAGAAAUUUUAUAUUAUUUUUCA